AUGACCUCGUUUCCUCGUGCGCUCCUGGGACUCCUGGAGGGGGGUACAGUGGCGGUGCCCAUGGCAGCCCCAUUUUACAGAGAGAAAAAUCAAGACCCAGAGCCCAAGCGGGGCUCAACGAGUCCCCGGCCAGCAGGAGAGCACAACAUGCGGUUCCUGAUUUCCAGCCACUUCUCUAGCCGCGGGCAUGGGGACAGUGGGCCGCUCCCUGAGAGGAGGGCCGCUUCUGCUCCUGCCAGCCGGCCCGGGGCGCUGGGGAGGCCGGCCGCGAGCCGGCCGGCGGGAGCCGGCUCCACCUGCUCUGCCUCCGUGGCUCCUCUCUCCCUGCUCCGGAGCCUGUGA